AUGCCACCCAAGGUCGCCGUUUUCAGUGCUCUUUCUCCACAGCAAAAGGAAGUCUUCUACCAAUACUUCCUCGAGAAUGACACCAAGUUCUCGUACAAUCCCAAGUCGAAUACGUAUAUAGCCACAAUUGUCUCUCCUCCCCAAGUACGGUCACAAAGUAAUCAGAGUGCAGCGAGGAGCAAUUCUGUUGGAGCCCCGGGCAGCGCAUCUGAAAAGGGCUCUAUGAAGGCCAUCAUGGCGGAGUUUGGCCCCUUGGUGCCAGUGCUUGGCUGCAAGCCCAGCAUCGCCCAAACAAAUAUAACUCUUGACAUAACCUCUCUAUUACGGUUCAUGACACAUGUGUACGAGGAGCACUAUUACGAAUUCGUUGGGUCCUCUCACAACCUGGAGCAGCCUAGCUUCUUGCGUGAUGGUUCUCCCCUGCUCCAAGGCCACGGAUCGGGCAGGGGCAGGAUCUCAAGCUCCAACAAGAGUUACUACAACUUUACUUACUUUAUCCUGCACAGCCGCUCCUUGGCUAUUUACAAGCGGUCUCUUCCAGCAAAUUCGACAGGUCCGAACAUGGCCAGUCUUAUUUGGGUGAUUAUUAUCAAUCUCAAUAAGUACAGGCUAAACUCUGUUUUCGUAUCUGCCUUCCUUAUGCUACUCCUGUCCACCCUUACCCCCUCUCACGUUCUGGGAUUCUUUACUAUCCUACAGCAUGAGCUCAAAGAGCAGAUAGUGUUAGCCUCCCACACCCAGCUGCAGGCAAAGCCAUUGAUACAAGUAGCAUCAAGAAUACUGAACUGUGAGAUAAGGACGCAGUCCUUCAUUUCCACUCUCGUCGAUAGGCACAAUCAGUUUCUUAGCGCAGGAAUGGAUAGCACUGUAUACAGCAGGGAGUUUCUUCUGUUUAUUGUCGACUGUACUAAUCGUGGAGAGGCAUGGACUCAAAUCCAGGAUGAAUCGGUUCUUCGGAACGAUGACAGCCUCCCAGGACGUCUGAGUACGCACAACAAUGACUCCUUCCUUCAGAACGAGAGAAAUGCUAACGCAGACCCGGGAGUUGAGGGCACAGCAGAUUGUCCUGUCGUUGAUCUGAAGACGAAAGAUGAAGAGGCUAUUUUGGCACCAAACAAGCCAUUUGGAGCCCUCACUGAUAGCAACCCUCUAUUGACGAAACUGGCAACAGAGUCACCGAUGCUUUCCAAGUCCGUGACUCCCAUGUCUGUCGCGAAUGCCUCAUCUGUUAUGCGAAUCCCCGAUUCAACUGCCUUGACUGAAUCCCGUUUGAAGAGAAACUCAACCAUGACACGGUCGCGGGCUUCAGGCUUCUAUGGUGCAGAUGAUGACGAUGACCGUUUAAGCAGUGUUAGCCAAAGCGGAUUUCGUCGACGGAUGAUCCCGCACGAGGAAAUUUACCCGUCAAGUUUCAACACAGCCUUUAUGAUCGACGAAACCUCCUUUGUGACCCUACUGGAAGGGCUGGGCAUGAUUCUUCCACCCGUGAUGACUCUUUUCUGUGAGAAGUUCAAUCAAGAAAAGACGCAGACGGAUGAAAAUCUGCAACUUCUAGUCAAGGAGCUUAUUAUCACCCUGUCUUCAGACCCUCCUGCAGAGAUCGGCCCUGAGCGCGAACUCACGCUACAGAGAUCGUUUCGGGAGCUUCUGCGCACGGAGGUGCAUACGCCCAAGAUUAUAUUGCGGUUUGUUAAGAAUCUCCUCUCAUGUCUAGGGGAGCGACUGGGCCUCGAGCCCUAG